UACCAGCUCUGAAAUGACAGGAAAAGUCACCUCUGAGGCUUCUGUCUCUAGUCCAGAGGAGACAGUGCCUGAGCCUACCAAAGCACCCACCACAGAGCCUUCUGGAGAGAUGGCAGCCUCAGAAUCCACUGGGCAAGAGCAGGCUCCAGAGCCACAGAAGCCUGGAUCUCAGGCACAGGACCCUGCAGGCCCUGAAGCUUCUGCCACACCUGCCACCACUAAGCCCGAACCUCCAAGUGAAGAUGUCCCCAGUGCCCCACUGCACCUGACCUUGGAGGAUGUGAGCCACAGUUCCUUGACUGUGAGCUGGGAGCCCCCCGAGAACCUGGGGAAGCUGGGGAUUCAAGGCUAUGUGUUGGAGUUCUGUCGACAGGGAGCCUCAGAAUGGGUGCCUGUGAACCCCCGGCCGGUGAUGGUGACCCAGCAGACCGUGCGAAACCUAACCCUGGGAGACAAGUUCUUCGUGCGCGUGGCUGCAGUGAGCUCCGCAGGGGCAGGACCCCCAGCUGUGCUGGACCAGCCUGUCCACAUCCAAGAGAUCAUUGAAGCCCCCAAGAUCCGAGUUCCCCGACACCUUCGCCAGACCUACAUCCGCAAGGUGGGAGAGCAAGUCAACCUGCAGAUCCCCUUCCAGGGCAAGCCCAAGCCACAGGCUUCCUGGACCCACAAUGGCCAUGCCCUGGACAGCCAGAGGGCAAACGUACGCACAGGGGACCAGGACUCCAUCCUUUUUAUCCGCUCAGCUCAGCGCGAAGACUCAGGCCGCUAUGAGCUCACGGUGCGCCUGGAAGGCUUGGAAGCCAAGGCCAGCAUUGACAUCCUGGUGAUUGAGAAGCCUGGGCCUCCGAGCAGCAUCCGGCUACUGGACGUCUGGGGUUGCAAUGCUGCCCUCGAAUGGACUCCACCCCAGGACACAGGCAACACAGAACUCAUGGGCUACACAGUGCAGAAGGCAGACAAAAAGACAGGGCAAUGGUUCACAGUGUUGGAGCGCUACCACCCCAACACCUGUACCAUCUCAGACCUUAUCAUCGGCAACUCCUACUCCUUUCGGGUCUUCUCAGAAAACCUGUGUGGUCUCAGUGAGUUAGCCACCACCACCAAGGAGCUGGCUCACAUCCAGAAGGCAGAUAUUACUGCCAAACCUAAAGGGUUUAUUGAGCGAGACUUCUCAGAAGCGCCCUCAUUCACCCAGCCCCUAGCUGACCAUACCUCCACUCCUGGCUACAGCACUCAACUUUUCUGCAGCGUCCGAGCAUCACCUAAGCCCAAGAUCAUCUGGAUGAAAAACAAGAUGGACAUCCAGGGCGACCCCAAGUACCGCGCAGUUUCUGAGCAAGGGGUCUGCACCCUGGAGAUCCGGAAGCCCAGCCCCUUUGAUUCUGGAGUCUACACUUGCAAGGCCAUCAAUGUGCUAGGGGAGGCCUCUGUGGACUGUCGGCUGGAGGUCAAAGCCUCUGCCACACACUGAAGGGCAACAUGAGCAGAGACUGGGACAAGGAGACCGAUACCAAAGAACAAGAUACCACAGGAACGGCUAAUGGCGAGGCCUGGAGGCUUCCUUCCACCAGAGACUGGAGUCCAGACCCAGGAGUGAGCCUGGCAGGCCCUGGGUCAGGCUGCC